CUAUCAUGGAGCCACUUAAGGAUUUCAAAGAUUUUCUGUCCUUGCCAUUUUUCUGUGCACAUUUAGUGGGAAUUGAUCCGACUCAAGGACGAGAAACAUUUCGCUUCAAACUUUCCUGUUUGGCUCUUGCAAUCGGCGUCAGCAACCACCUCUAUUUGAUGAUUGGUGAACUUGUCUACUUUCAUCAGCACAUCGGGGAAUUUUCAAGCCUCCUCGAAGCCACCAAAACCGGAGCUUACAUCGCCUAUGGAAUCAAUACUAAUACAAAAGUAUUCGCUGUGCUUUCUGACAUAAGUCUUUUGAAAAAUGUUCUGCGAACCACUGAAGAACUUUAUCCGAAAACUCUCAAAGAAAAACGAGUCUACCGUGUAAAUGAAAACUUUUGGUCUGCAUCCAUAUACUUGCUUGUUGCUACAUAUUUCCUAGCCGGAUGGAUUGUUUAUUUUAUGCCUGGAAUCAAGUCCAUGUACCAGUAUAUGAGAUUUGAUGAGGAAUUCUCCUAUGAGACACCUUUUUGGGUGGAGCAUCCCUUUUACUAUCGAACAAAACUUCUCUAUGGCCUGGUAUACUUCAGUGAGCUCUGGGGUGGACAUUUGUGUGUUUCAUGCAACAUUGGAAUUGACCUUCUUUUGUGCUGUUUGUCCAGGCAGAUGUCCAUGCAUUUCAAAUAUAUUGGCCAAAAGAUAGAGAGGUAUUGUCCAACUGGAGGGCCAGGAGAUAAUGUUUUCCUUUCCAAAUUAAUUGAACAGCACCAGCUAAUAUUGAAGUUGUGUUUGGAUUUGAAUGAGAUUUUUGGGAUAUCGUUGGUUUUCAAUUUCUUUUCAUCAUCCGGGAUUAUUUGCUUGUCAGCGUUUCAGGUUACUGUCGAGGGACCUGGCAUGGAAUUUAUGAAGUUCUUCUUACUAUUGGUAUCUGCACUUGGUCAGUUAUUUAUUGUUUGUUCUUUUGGAAACGAACUGAUCGAGUCGAGCCUCAGUAUAAUUGAGUGUGUAUUCAAUCACCCUUGGUACAGAGGAAGCCAAUCGUAUAAAAAGCAGUUGGUUAUUUUUCUUUUAAGAUGCCAGAAACCAGCAACACUCAUUGCGAAGGGAUUUUCUGUAGUAUCACUUGUUACAUUCAAGCAGGUUAGCAGUAUGUCCUACAGAAUCUUUGCAUUGCUCAACACUUUUCACGCUGAAUAAAGUACAAAGCAACUAAUUAGCUUAUUGAAUUUGCUCGGGAAUAAAAACACUAGAUAUGAAAGAUGGCACUUAACUCUAGCUGAUAUAAAUAAAAGUAAAUUAUUCGAAUAUGAGUACAAAAGUACUUCCUAGUUGUCACAUGCAUAUUCAAGACUUAAUUCGUAAAAACUUUUUCCCGAAACUGUUUGUUGCGUGGUGUUUGGUGUUUCAUUUUAACUUUGAAUUUAAAUUACUUUUAAACUAGGCUUAAAUAAAAAUUUUAUUAGACUACAUGUUGAUAAUGAAAGCUUAAAAUUAUGAAAACAGUUUUGAAAAUAAUUUUGCAUUGAAUAUGGGAAUCGUGUUGCAUUCCAUAAUUCAUGUUUAUAUUUAAAUUUAAAUAAAAGUUAUUUUGACUUAACAGUAUAAA